AUGAAAGAGAACAGGAUCUACGAUGCAUAUAGGAAAUUAAAGUACUUCUGCAAAUCCAGUUGCUUUGUGAAACUUCCUAUGAUUGUCUUAGCAAAUGGGAAAACCAUAACGGACCAAGAUGAGCAAAUGGCACUGUGGCUGGAUCAUUAUAUGUCGAUUUUUGACUCCCGCAAGGCUACUCCUUUAACUACUGUGAAUUCUCACACUAUUAUAUCCCCGGCUGGUUUCUCUUCAAAUGAAAUCUCGAAUAUCGUAAAGAAACUACGGAACAAUAGAGCUCCGGGUUUGGAUAACAUUACUGCUGAAUAUUUAAAAAUAUCCCCGAACCUAAUCUCUUCUUUUCUCUUGCUCUCUUUAACAAAAUUUGGGAAAGAACCUAAGAAAUUCGCGGACUAUCGGGCAGUAGCUCUGACCUCCUGCGUAUCGAAAGUCUUUAUGACACUCAUCAAGAAUAGGAUCUUAACUUCACCCCUUCUUCUUUCUAAAUAUAUCUGUGCAUAUAGGCCAAAUAAAAACAUUUUGGAACCUAUUUUAUCGCUGAAAAUAAUUAUGCAAAAGUGCUGGAAAUAUAGGAUUCCGUCUUAUUACACUUUUAUUGACUUUAGUAGGGCCUUUGAUAAUGUAGACCAUAACGCCUUAUGGGUAGCACUAUCAGAGUGUGGUAUCGAACAAAAUAUUAUCUCCAUCUUAAGGAAUCAUUAUUCCAAAUUAACUUCAUGUUUUAAAACAAACGAUAAAAUAUCACCCUUCUUCAAGAUAAAAAAGGGAGUAAAACAAGGUUGUACUUUAUCACCACUUCUCUUUAACAUCAUAAUAAAUAAAGUCAUAAAGGAGGUAAAUGCUGCUGCAGACUUGGCUGACUUUGGGUCUAAUGAAAAUUUUCACUUUGUUAAUAAGAUCGUUUCGUAUGCCGACGAUAUUGUUAUAAUAUCAAAAAAUAUUGAAGAGACUGUAUGUCUGAUCUACCCUAUCGAAACCAUAAGCCUCAGAGUUGGUUUAAAAAUUAAUUUUAAUAAAACGGUUAUUCUUUCCUCGCCAAAUACACCACCGCUCCAAAAUCUUUUGGUAGGCGGGAACGUUAUCAAAAAAGUAGAUAAUAUCAAAUACCUGGGUGUGAUGCUCAAUAACAAGGGGGAAUGUAAAGAGGAAAUGAAGAUUAGAACGCAAAAAGCCAAAAGAGCGUUCUAUAUGUACAUGAAAAUCUGGAAGUCGAAGGAAAUAUCGGUUUUUACGAGGUUGAGGCUUUUCAACUCUGCUAUUAUCCCCAUUUUAUUAUAUGGAAGUGACAUAUGGGAAGUUAACAAGACGGACUUAAGACGUAUCCAAUCCUUUAUAAAUAAUUGUCUGAGAACCAUAAAUGGUAUUUUUUAUCCCAAAGUCAUCUCUAACUCUAACCUCUGGAGGAAAUCUAGCCACACUCCGAUAAAUAUUACGUUAAAAAAACGUCGGAUACAGUUCCUAGCCCAUAUAAUAAGAAAUUCAGAUCACAACCUUGUACAUUAUGCUAUCGUUUGGUUAUAUACACAUAAAGGGAAACAGUAUACUAAAUAUAAAUCGUUAUGGUAUUACAAAGCUAUAAAAGACGUGAUGGAGCUGAAUGUAAACAUGAAACAAUUUAUAAAGCUUAAUAAUUGCAAAAGAAAAAUAUUUAAAAACCAAGCAAAAAUUGAAGAAUCACUUCCUAUUAUAUCACAAUAUUUUGUUAAAGAUAAUAAAAAGGUUAAAUCGGAUUUAUUAGAUUUGGAGAACAAAUUGCAAAGAAUUAAUUAUCCAUACAGUUCAAACAAUCAAAACAAAAUACAAAACUAUUCUAAUACAAAUAUAAAAUCUUAUAGCCAAAAUUCAAUUUACAAUUCAUUGAUAUUAGAUCAUUUAAAAAAUAUUCAAUUUGAAAAUUUAUCGGAAAGAGAAAUAUCAAAACUUUUGAUAUACAAACGCAAGCUAAUUGAAGCUGACCUAAACUUAUAUUUUGGAUUGCCUGAUGCCAAAGUUAAAAUUUCAAGUGUGCCCUGUUAUGGAUGUGGUGCCUUUUUGCAAUGUAAGGAUGACACUUUGGCUGGAUAUGUGCCUAGUAAUCUUUUUAAAUCUAAAACUAAUUUAGGAGAUAUUUUAUGCCAAAGAUGUAGUUUGCUGACACAUUUUAAUUAUCCAAUUAAUGUAAGGGUUGAUCAUGAAAAAUAUUCAAAGACUUUGCAUCACAUUAAAAAUGAAGAUGGAUUAGUACUUUUAUUAUUAGAUAUAUUUGAUAUUAAUCAUUCAAUAAAACAUGAUAUAUUGGAGAUCAUAGGACAAAAUAAAUAUUUUUAUAUUAUCGGUAAUAAAAUAGAUCUUUUGCCAAAAGAUUCAUCAAAUUGGCUAAGAAGAGUUAAAACAAUUUUAAAAAAGGAAGUCUUGAAUACUUUAAAUUUAGAUGUGGAAAAAUUAAUGGGAAUUUCUUUGAUUAGUGCCAAAUCUGGUUAUGGAGUUGAAAAUCUAAUUACAAAAUUACAAACUUUAUAUAACAUUAAUGGAAAUGUAUACUUAAUUGGCUGUGCAAAUGUUGGAAAAUCUACAUUAUUUAACACCCUUUUACAUUCAGAUUAUAGUAGAGGUCAUGCUAAUGAAAUAAUUAAUAGAGCCACUACUUCAACUUGGCCUGGGACUACUUUGAACAUGCUAAAUUUUCCCCUCAACAAACCUUCUACAUGGAAGUUAGCUGCGAGAAAUCGAAGACUGAAUUAUAUUUCAAAAUUUAAAAAAUAUAUUCAAUCAGGAAUUUAUGAACCGAAUUCUCAAUUUUCUCAAACAAAUGUGAACCCGUAUUAUGACAAAUUAAUAUCAGAGGCUUUAACAGUGUCCAAAUCUUACGAUUCUUCUCCCAGCAUUGAAACAGAACUAGAUUCAUUAGUGCCAAGUGAUAUAGCUUCUUUGAUAAACAGUUCAGCUAGAUCUAUCAAAAAGUAUUCGAAAGAACCAAAUUCAGAUAAUAAUAUAGACCCAAAAAACACCAUUUCUAAUCUAUCUUCUGAUCACCGGCUUAUCAGAUACAGAAAUCAACAUUUGGAAAAGAUAUCAAAUCUCAAACAUAGUAGCACAACAAUGCGCCAGAAUUAUAUGAGAGCAGGAAAGCGAUUGUAUGACACACCAGGCUUAGUUAACAAUGAUCAAAUUUUGAAUUUAUUAACUUUUGACGAAAUUAUUCACGUGAUACCAAAAGUAACCGUAAAUCCUCGUACUUGCAUUCUUACCCCUGGCAUGUCGUUAUUGGUUGCGGGUCUCGCUCGGAUUGAUUAUUUACAAGGGCAGGAAUCCAUAUUUUUAACAAUGUUUGUUUCUCAAGAUCUUCCUUUAAAUGUUGUCGAAACUUCCAAGGCCGAGACAUUUUAUGCCGAAAAUUUGAGAAAUUUUAGUCUCAAGGUACCUACAGGUUCUAAUGAACGACUGUUGGAAUUCCCUCCGUUAACCUCGAAAGAUUUUGAGAUUAAUGGCGAUGAUAAAUGGAAAAGCUCUGCCGAUAUUUUAUUAUCAUCACUCGGCUGGGCUUCAUUUACCACGGAUCAAAAUAACAUGGCUACGAUAAGGGCCUAUACCCCAGCAGGCAAAGGAUUGGGUCUAAGAAAACCGGCUCUUUUACCAUUCGCCGUUAAUAAACGGGGCGGGUUGAGUAAAGUACCGAAUGUAUAUCACACGCUUCCUUUCGAAAAAUGGACCACUUAAUAUUCCAAAAAUGCCCGUUAUACCAUGUAUUCGUAUUGCUAUAUGGAAGUAUCUUUGGCGAUUACGCCUUCAUUGAAUUAUAUUAAUAUAAUAUAUUUUUUUAAAAAAAUACACAUAAAUAUUUAUAAUUGUGAAAUGUAAAUAUGCCACGAAAAAUAUUUUGAUAUGAUGUUUUUUUUAUUAUUCUAUAUAAAUUUUCAUAUUAAAUAAUAACUUGCUCACAGAUUAAUAAUUUA